AUGGCUGAAAAUUAAAUGUAAAAUUGGGGUGACAUGACAUCAGAUGAAGACAACGAUAAACCAAAAAAUGCUUCUGAUGAAGAGGAUAACCGAAACAAAAAAAGAUCAAAUUAUAAAGGCAAUAAUAAUUAAAGAAACAACAAUAAAAGAGGAUACAGGGAUAACAAAGAUUAUCCUAGAUAAGAAAAUGAUCAAAGAGACAAUAAAGACAAUUAAAGGAAUUAUAAAAAUAGAGAUAACUAUAGAGGUGAUAGAAAUGAGAGAGGAGAUAGGAAUGACAACAAUCAAAGAAGAAAUUAUAAAGAUAACAAUCGCUUUAUUGAAUAAAAGAAAGAGUAACUCGCUAACUUUAAUGGGGAUAAUGUCAACAUUCUCAUUCAUCUCUAAAAUCUGAAAUUGAAUGAGGAUUAAAUUAAGGAAGUCUUAAAAGACAUUGUAAUGAACAAUUUCUCAAUCCAUGAGGAUCAAGCUAGAUUUGAUGUAGAUAAGGAUAAUGCCCAAAAGUUACUUGAUGUCCAUAAAUUAUAAAUUGAAGUUGAUGGAAAGACUGAAAGAAUUUUUAUGAAAAUAGAUUUUGAUAGGGACAGAAAUUAUGGAAAUAAAGGAAAGUAAUACCAUAAGCAACCAAGAUAGUUUAAUGAAGAAAACUAAAAUGAUUUUAUGCACAAAAGAAGAGAUCAAUAGUAUAGAGGAGGAGACUAUCAAAAUAGAAGAGGCAAUGAUUAUCAAUAAUAACAUUAAAAAGUUUAAGAGCCCCCAAAGAUACUCAGAAACACUUCAUCAAGAGCAGAAGAAAAUAAUGCAUAAUAAUCUUAAGUUGCAUAAAAUAUUGAAUAAACACCUACAGAUGAUGGGGAAAAGAAGGUUGAAUAAGUGGAAAAGGUAUAGAAAUAAUAAGAAUCUCAAAUUCCAACUGAUGAAUAAUUACAAUAAAUGCAAUAAUAAUAAUAAUAGCAAUAACAAUAACAAUAAUCGUAAUCAUAAUAUCAAGAAUCUAAUUAAAAAAGGUAUAAUAAUUAUAGAGGAAAUGACUACCAAAAUAAAAAUUAUCAUAAUAAUAAUUAUCAUAAUAACUAUAAAAAUAAUUAUAGAAAUAGAGAUCAAAAUAAUCAAGACGAUAAUGCAGAGUAAUAAAAAGAUAAUUAUCCCGAUAAUCAAUUCAGAAAUAAUAAAUAAUAUAGAGGAAAUAAAUAUUAAAAUAGAGAUUAAAAAAAUUUUUAAAAUGAUAAUGUUUAAGGUGGAGACUAAAAUGAUGAAAAUAAUAGAGCAUAACCAAGAGGCGGAUACAAACACUAUGAAAAUAGAAAAGACAAUUACAAUAGAGAUAAUAGAGACUAUAAAAGAGAUAAUAGAGAUUAUGAUAAGGAUAAAAGAGAUUAAAGAGAAAACCCUGAUAAAAGAGAAACUAAAGAAUUGAUUGAGAAUAGAGAAUAGGGAGAAAAUAAAGAAUAGAAAGAUAAUAGAGAUUAGGGAGAUAAUAAAGACUAAAGAGAAAAUAGAGAUUAAAGAGACAAUAGAGAUUAUAGAAAUAAAUGGGAAAAUAAAGAUUAACGAUAUUAAAGAGAUAAUAGGGAUUAUGGAGAUAACAGAGACCAACGAUAUUAAAGAGAUAAUAGAGAUAAUAGGGAUAAUAGAGAUAAUAGGGAUAAUAGAGAAAAUAGAGAUAAUAGAGAUAAUAGAGAUAAUAGAGAUAAUAGAGAUAAUAGGGAUAAUAGAGAUAAUAGAGACAAUAGGGAUAAUAGAGAUAAUAGGGAUAAUAGAGAUAAUAGAGACAAUAGGGAUAAUAGAGACAAUAGGGAUAAUAGAGAUAAUAGAGACAAUAGGGAUAAUAGAGACAAUAGAGAUAAUAGGGAUAAUAGAGACCAUAGAGAUAAUAGGGAUAAUCGAGACCAUAGAGAUAAUAGAGAUAAUAGGGACAAUAGAGAUAAUAGAGACAAUAGGGAUAAUAGAGACAAUAGGGAUAAUAGAGACAAUAAAGAUAAUAGAGAUAAUAGGGAUAAUAGAGAUAAUAGGGAUAAUAGAGAUAAUAGAGAUAAUCGAGAUAAUCGAGACAAUAGGGAUAAUAGAGACAAUAGGGAUAAUAGAGAUAAUAGGGAUAAUAGAAAUAAAUGGGAUAAGAGAGAUUAAUAAGAUAAUAACGAUAACAGGGAGCGAAGAGAUAAUAAUUAUAGAGAAAAACGAGAAAAAUGGGAAAAUAAAGAUAAUAAGGAUUAUUAAGACAACAGAGGAAAUAGAGACAAUGUACGAGAUAAUAAAGGUUAUAGAGAUAAUUAGCCUCAAAGAGAUAAUGAUAGAGAAUAGAAAGAUGGAUAGAAUAACGAUUAAGAAGAUCAAAAGAGAGUAAUCAACAGAGACAGAAAACCUCAUAAUGAACUUUAAGAUUUUGCAAUAGCUCAUCACCAUAAUAAACAAAAGAAGGAAUCUAAAAAGUAAUAAAUCAAAUCUUAAAAUCCAUUCGAAAUAUUAAAAAAUUGA